AAUCUCAGGAUGUUGAACAACGAGUUGAAGCCACCAAAGCCUCCAGAGAGGCCAUUGAUGCCUUACAUGCGAUUUUGUAAGCAUGUUUGGGAAACCAUCAAACAAGACAAUCCUGAACUAAAGCUUGGAGAGAUUGGUAAGAUGAUUGGACAGAGAUGGAGGAAUAUGGCUGAUGAUGAAAAACAAAAGUACCUCGAUCAGUAUGAAUCAGAAAAAGCAGAAUAUCACAGAGCUACGGCAAUAUAUCAGCAGUCCCCUGCAUAUCAAGCAUAUCUUGCAGCUAAAGAACAACAAAAACACCAAGAACAGAAAGUUAAAGAGAAAGCAGCACAGAUAUCGUUUCAAGAACAAGAGAAUCACAAGAUGUUUUAUGCCGAAGAAGAUGAUGGUGAUGACGGAUAUAGCGAGAAACAUAUAGCCACACAACGUUACCAUCGUAACCAUGCUUACAUUGCUGAACUCUUUCAAGAAGGCAGCGUUCCUGAUGUGCGAACUGUUGUUACCAAGCAAAGGAUGCUCAUUCUUCAAAAGCAAGUACAGAGUCUUGUCUCUCAUCAAAGUCAGCUGGAGGAAGAACUGCAGUCGAUAGAUAAAUCUUACAGAGAGAAGAAGCAAAAGUAUGAUGAAAGCAAUGAUAGUUUUCUUUCCCAAAUGGAGGAUCUGAGAAAGAAGUGUGAUGUGGAGAAAAAUGAUUUCUUUGAAGAAUUGAAAUCAUCCAGUGAUGGGAAGUCAGCUGAAACUCCAAUGGAAACAAAUUGAUUCUUUGGUAUUAGUGCCAACUUUGCACGUUGGGACUAUGAAAAUAGCAUAUUUUUAAAGAUUUAAUUAUAUUGUAAGAUUCAUGGCGCUAGACAAUUUAGAAAUUAAUUAUUACUAUGAUAUAUUAUGUGUGAUAUGAUUUUCCCGGAUACAGCAGUGAUGACUAUUUGAUAAUAAUAUACAAUAUGAAUUGGAAAUCAGCCCUCUCGUAUAAUCACUACACAUGAAGUGGCUAUGUCUUGGUUUUAAACUAGGCACUAAUCAUGCAAUUUACUAUUUUAUUCCAUAUUUAUGACUGUCAAUUAUGUUAUGUACCUAUUGCAAACAUACACUAUACUUUUUCUGGUAUCAUCCAUACAUAAUUUUGUUCUCA